CUCGGGAGCGCGGCCUCGUCUCGCAGGAGACGCCCCCAAAACAACCGCGGCUGACAGGCCCCCUUGCCGCGCUCGCCCCAUGGCCGGCAGCGCCCGUGGGACCCCCGGCCCUCCCGCGGCCGCUUGCGGAGGGCAGCUCCGCCGCCUCCGGGAGAGUCUCCGGGACAGUGAAACAAAGAGGUUGGAGUUGGAAAGAAAAGUGCUUGAAUACACCACAUGUGAUACCCGCACAACUAAAAUGAAAUACAGGAAGUUAAAAAAAUACCUAGAAGAAAUAUGUGAGCGUCAGAAAAAGUCUUUGCUCCGAAACCAAGACUUGUUGAAGGAAUUUGAUUGCAUUGAAGCUCAAAUUCAGAAGUUUGCUUCAAGAUCAGAGUGCCUUCAGAGGCUGAAGGCAGAGUAUGAAGGAGGAUUUAAGAGAGAGCAGAUUCCUGAGAGAAAAAAUAUUUCAAAAAGCAAUAAGAGUGAUGUUAUGAAACACCAGAUGGUGCCAGAAGUAAGACAGACAGGAAUGAACAGCAGGACAGCCAUGUCAAGGGGACUGUAUCAUACAGCAACAAUCUUUAUGGGACGCCAAAUGUCAGCUGUCUCAAGCGUUGAAGAUUUCAGUGUGCCGCCAAAAUCUUCUGAGCUCACAAAGAGCUUUUCAAUUUCUGACCCACAUUCACAUAGACAACCAUCACAGAGCAGUUAUGUGACAGACAGCUGUGUAGUACGAACUAAUAGUGAUCUACAGCGCUCAAAUAAGUCUGACAAAAUAGAUGGAAAGACAUAUCUGCUGAUGGGCAAGGAAACGCCAGUCACAUCCAGUGUAUCAUAUGAGAAUGAAAGAACUUGCUGUUUAACAGUAGAAAGCAAGACAAAUAAUUGCAGUAGUAAUUUUGUGGAAAGCAAAAUGUCUCCUGAACUUAACUCCCUGUUACAUGGAAGAUUAAGUCCAGAGAACAGAACCACCGAUUUAAAAAGUGACAGUUCCUGCAAAUCGUUGGAAGAAAUACUGACACAUGAGUACUCUGUACGAAAUGAACAAGGAUCUAAACGGCCGAUCUUAUUGGUGUGUCGCCCUGAGCAGCUUGUUUCUGGAAAUGAGCACUCAAGAGCAAAAUUCCCAGUUUCUGUUACAGCUCCUGAGGAUAGUCUGAUGAUGGACAAAAAUGCACAGGAGAAAGAAGGUGGAAGUUCAGGUGGAAGUAGUGACCUUACUGUUUCUUUCAGUGAAGAGGAUGAAGAAGGGAAACCAUUAAAACUACAGGAUUUAGGCUGCAGCACACCAUAUAAUGAGGAAGAACAUCCAUGUUCACAAGCAUUAUGUCAUUAUAGCUCAAGUGGAGGCUCAUCUGCUAGUCUCACAAUAAGAAAAUCUUUGACAUUUGAAGGAUUUGCUCAUGUCUUGACAUUCAUAGAGCAGUUUGUGGCCACAGCAGAUCAAGAACACCUGAUGUUAUACCAGAGGAAAGCUGUGAAUACAGUAGAGCUGGAGACCCUUAUAAGUGUCUGUAAUGAAAUUGGCAGCUUAAAACCAGAAGGCCUUGAGGUAUGUGAAGCACUUGUCCUUCAUCAUCUUGAGAGAUUAUUGAAAUUUACAAUUGAUAGAUGCCUUCUACCAGAGAAAACGCUUAAAUACAAAAGUGGGACGCUGGAUGAAAAGCAUGAUAGGUCUGAAUUGACAUCUUAUUUUGCUAAGACAUGGAAACGUUUAAGUGAACAUAUUUUAUUGUUGAAGAAGUACAAUGUUUUAUUCGAACAAGAAGUGAAAGACAUGCUUAGUACCAUAUUGACUUUGGAGAGCCACGAGCAACGUGGCCUGGCUACAUCAUUAUUGAAAGGAAGCUUUUCAGUAGAAUAUGAAGCCAGCUCACUUGCUUGUAGCGAUAAAACAUCUUGUGAUAUGCAAACAAACAAUAACACAAUAAAGCAAGGAAGAUAUGAACAACAGCUUGGUAAUAAUGUUGAAAGGGAAAAGGAAGUCACAAGCUGGUGUGAAGAUGAGAGCAAGGAAGAAAGCCUGGUGGAAAAGAUUCCUAUUACAGCUUUGAAAAUUGACAGCAGUAGUUUAAAGGAACAGAAAAGCAAUGGAACCAGUUCAGAACCCAGUGCUUCAUCUCCGGAAAGAAGAAGCCCUUUGUCAAGAAAGAACAAGCAAAUGUGUAAACAACACGAACGUUUUCAAGAAGGGAUGUUUUCCAUUAUGAUAUAUGUCAGCAGUUUCUAGCAUUUCUGAAAUGCUGCUCAUACAGUGCAGACACUGGAGUAUCAGUAUUAUCUCUGUAAAUCUGUUUGCACGGCAGAAAGAUUUUUGGGAAGCAUUUAUGGCAUCAUAUGAUUUUAUAUCUUUGAUCUCAGGAGAAAAUACCAUUUCUAGUACAGUUUGAAUUAUUAGGGUUUCUUUUAAUGAAUAGUGUGCAUUUUAGCCUCCUCAGUAACUUGGUAAUAAAAUACUUUUCAAAACCAAAUCAGUUAGUAACACUUAUAGCUUCACACUUGACAUCUAUCUUAGAAAUAUGUUUACAAACACAAUGUAGGAAUAAAGUGUGAAAGAAUGGGAAAUUGCUCAGGUGCUUAUUUGCAGUUGGGACACAAUGAAAUUUCUUAGAGGCUGAUGUCUAAGGAUUCCACUUAUUGUACUCACUUCUUGCGCUUUAUUGCUUUUACAAGUGGUCUCGAAACUCAGUACUUGAAAAUAAACAUAACAGUCUAGUACCACUGUGGUACUCCCCCCCCCCCUCGCAGUGUUUAGUCACUGAGCUGAUGAGUGGCCUCGAAAAAUACCCUGAUGGACCUAAAUAAUAAUAAAAAAGGUUUCCUCUGAUGUCCUACAGACAAUAAUUAUGAUGUGCUAGUUAAGCCCAAACUACAGCUGAGGGAUUUUACUUUAAAGCAGAGGCUUGGGCGCAAAAAUGCAUUUAUAGCUCUUUGUCUGGCACCUCAUUAUGCGUGGGCCUGAUUCAUUAAGUAAUUGGUUUGCAGUUGUUUACAUGAGUAUUAAGGCUUUCUAUUCAGUAGUCUUUGAGAGAUACAUUGUGCAAAUGUUGCAUGUUAUGAAUGCAGAAUGAGGGGCAGCGGGCGAGCCCUAUUGGCUAAACACUGCACUCUGUUGAAAAGCAGGAGAAAGAGAUUGGGUGCUGCUUUGCAUAGCAAUGACUUUCUUAAUAAGCUUUACAGAUUAAUACACACAAGCUAUAAAAGAUGCAAAGAGAUACUCUUAGCACAUUUAUCCAUGCUCAUCUCACUAUUAUGGCACUGGAGAUGGGAAGAAUUGAGUGCUUUCAUAUUCGCUUUUCUUUUUUCAGUGCAACUUCGGUGCAUGAGACUUAAUAGAAUCCAAUGUUUAUUGUAUUAUAAAUCAUGGGGGAAGUAGGCAGACCUGCAACAGUUUAUUAUUAAAGAUUCUUUCAAUGUAAAUCUUUUUCCACCAUUGUGUGUCCUACAGCAAAAUCAUUUUGUGGUUGAGUGGGGAUGAAAGGCAUAAUGUACGAAGGAGUGAGUCUUAAUAGGAAGCUGCUCUCCCAUUGAAGGCCACUUGUUCCCUUUUGUCUGGAGGUGCAUGCCGCAGCUUCCUCUUCUCCAGCAAAUAUUGCCCCUUGGAUCCCAGCUUAAAAUCGCUUUCUCACAAGGUUUCUGCAGCUUGAUACAAGUACGUUUAAACUGAGGUGUGAAUUUGUUAAUUGAUGGAUUAUAUAUUCUCAAAGGAAUCAAAAUAAUUAUUUUGCAGAAUGGGUUUUCUUAGUGUUUUAAUCUCUAAACCAAAUGGCUGCAGGGCAAUGUGUGUGGCAUUUUGUAGUUCUGUAGCAAUAUAGUCAGCCAGCGGAGGUCAGUAGCAUUCUAUUGUUGCAGUUUUAAGCUAGAUGCAAUGCCUUUUUCCUUUGGCUUCUUCGCUUUGCAACAUUUGAUAGUUAAAGAGCUAAAUUAGGGACCCAAAUGCUGAUAUAUUCCACUUGUAAAAUAAUGUGCACUGUUGACUUUAAGUUGGAUUCCAGAAGUAAGCCAUUAAGUUGGUUUUCAAAUUUACUCCUUAAACAGAAGCUAAUUUUAAAAACGUUUUUCUCUUGACUAAAUCACUGGUUAUCAGUGAUGGUUGUUUGCGUUAAUGACUUCAAAUUGUAAUGUUUAAGACAUCUAUGCAAUGAAUGUGCCUCUAAUAAGCGCCUUGGCUCAUUCUUUGCAGACAACCAUAAUGGCCAUUGGGGGUCACUCUUUCUUUGCUAAAUUUCAACAGCUUUAAUUCUUAGUCUCUUUCUAAACCAGAUGUAAAUUGUUCAGUAUAAUCAUUGUGGCACUUUAUUUCAUUCUUCCCUAUUGUAAUUGUUUGGAUAGGGGAAGGAGUAUUUUGUGCACAGAUAUACCAACAAAACUUAGGAAUGUGCCUAUUGAAAUAUUGUUUAAUUUUAUAUAUGAUGCCCAUUAGGCAUUUCUUUCUUUUUUUAAAUACAAUUUUAUUAAAGCUUUUUCAUAAUACAAUAAGAUAAAAUAAACUCAUCUAAAUAAAAAACAAAAAGAGAGAAAGAGAGAGAGAAGAAAACACAGAACCUGCUCCCAAAGGUGGCUCUUAAGCCUUGUCACUCACAGAAAGUGGGGACCCUCCCAGCUCUCACCCGGGAGGUCUUCUCUGCCUUGCCUCUCACUCAGGGUCCUUCCACCACCUAACCAUCACCUUCAUGUGAGUAUAAUCCUUGGUCCCCAAGGGAGGAGACUGAAGAAAAAAAGAAAAGAAGAGGGGGAAAAGGAGAAAGAGAAAUAAAAGGACUUCUGAUUUUCUGUCUGUUAGCUACAUAAAAUAAAUUAUUCAAAACAUUCACUCUGGGAUAACAUCCAACUGUUCUGCUUUCUGUUAAGCAAUAAUUUCCCAGUCUCCAGGCCCAGAUGUCUCAGAUUUGUUUAUUUUCCUUUUUCACACAAAAAGUAAAAAAGUGGUUCUCUAAUUAUUAGUAGUAUAACAAAUGCCAGCAAUGGUUUUUCUCUAAUCAAACAUAUCAGCUUUGCCUACAAUAACUUCAACAACCAUUCCUCCAUACUAAACAAUAAUAAAUCUUUCUUAUUUUGUCCAUGUAAGAGUCUCACUGUGCUCAUAUAUUAAAAUGAUAUUCCAUAGUU